AUGAACAGAUCCCUCGGUACAACUACGCCACGACCAGAAAGUGAAGAUGUCGCGACAUCAACCAAGGAAACUUACAGUCUGAAGCUCACUACGGAAGCGGUAGUCUCACGAAAUGAAACGUUGGUAAAGUCGUUGCGUUGUCGAAGUAGCGAUGAUUGUGGGCCGGAUACAUACUGUGAACUACGAUCCGGAGUUUGUCGAUGUGCUCCAGGUUUCGAGGGGGAGCCACCGAGUAUCCCAUGCACUGGUAAUUACCUCUUCUUUUACCUAAAUAUUUCAAUCACUUACUGGUUCAAGUUAUAUUAG